CCGUUGCCGUGACGUCACCGAUUUCCGUUGCGAAUUUUUUUUUUGAAUCAGUCGCGGGGCGGACGCGCGCCGGGGCCUCGUCCAACCUCGCCAACAUCAUUCAAGACGACGCCAGUGUCAGGCCGGCUGCUGAGGGUGCUCAGACGAUGAUGGCAGCGUCAGGACCGAGAAAACAGGAAGAGGACUCCUGGUGGAGUAAAGACACAGCUCCAGGUGACCAUGACCCUGACAACAACCUUGACCGCAAGUUCGACAUGUCAAAAGAUGUGGCCAGCGGAGGUUCAAUGUGUGAAAAGGGAAAGCGUUGUGGGCCCACUUUAAAUGGGACGUUCAUUAUCGAGGAGAUGAACGACACUCGUCACAACGAUGAACGCUCAAAGGCACUAGCACAUGGCACAACCCCAUUGUGUGACUCAGUCAAGACCAUGAACCACAGCCAUCCCCACCGAGCUGUAAACAUUCUAAACGGUUUCAAGGAUCCCUCAUUUUUGCUUGACACGGAAUUCCCAAGUGGUUUGUUGGAACUCUCCGUAGACUCACCAAUGCCAGGCCUCGGCACGUAUUCAGGCAUUUGGGCGGAAAAGCUGUGCAGUGACAACUUGACCAUUACGAGUAGCUUAACAGGAACCCCUAACGUGAAUGAGUCGCCAUGGCGUGGGGCGGAGAGAAGGCUCGCUGGAUGUGAUGCAGACUUUGCAUUCCGGGAAAUGAUGCUGCUGAGGGGGAGUAAUGGGGAUUCUAGGCAUGUGUCUGAAAUUUUGGAAGGCGAUGAAAGUGAAAAGAGGGAUCAGGUGGGGAAAUGCCCUGAUAAACUCAAUGAGUUUAGAUCAAUUGAUGGUUUAGGAAUGGUGGAGUCGAUAGCUGAUGAGGGUGGGAUUGACAAUGGAAUGGUCAACCAGGGAAGUGAAGGCAGUGAUGGUGUGGACAAUGGUGAUGAUUUUAUUGACAAAUGUGCAAACGUCGCAGGAAAUAAGGAUGCUCUCCAACCAAAUCAUCUGAGCACAGCAAGUGAUUACACCGAUGAUGAUGCUUGUGAUAGUGACUCCAAGGGUAAUGGUUUGAUGGAAAACAAGAACUUACUGGGAGAAUGGUCUGAGGGCUGCAAUGUCACCAGUGAAACAAAUGCACAUGCAACUGUUCUCAGUGACAGUGAAGGUCACAAUGGCAGUGAAAGCUACAAUGUUAACAAUUCUAGUGAUAGAUUAAUCCUAAUGGAUAACUGCUCGACCACUAAGGAGAGCUUGAAAAACUGCACAGAGUUACCAAAGAUGCCUUUCGAGACUGAUGCAAGCCCCACACAACAUUUAAGACAUGACAAGAAGGGUGAUGAUAAGGAUGAACAUGAGUAUGAGGAAUUGGCAAGCAAAAUGCUCCUUGUGUUGGAUGGCAGGGAUCAUUCAAAAGCAAAUGGGAAUGAUACCAAUAUCAUUGAAGGCAAUAAUAUUGGUAGCAGCUGUGACAGUAGUUGUAAGGAUAAUGGUAGUAAUAAUGGUGAACAAGAUCACAAUCCUCACAUUCCUGCAGUGGAGAACAGCCUCUGUGAAACCCAUCAAGCCCCGUGUGAGGAAGACGGUUCCUGCAUUCACAGCAGUGGCCGUAACUACGGUCUUGCCUGCAAUGUCCAAAAUCAUAAUGAUGACAAUAACUUUUGCUGUCCUGACAGGGAUGACUCUGAGCUUUUGCCACCCAGUAGAGAGAACGGCGCCCUCAAGGAGCUAAUGUGCGAUGGUAAUGCAUGGUCCAAGGUGGAUCUGGCACUGCCAUUUGAACGAGCAGCAGAGCUGACUCCGGAUGUAACACCAACAAAGAGUUCCAGGUUUUUCUCGGGCCUGGAGCUGUGUACGUCGACACCACUGAUUUCCAGCAUUACAGCCACCACAGCCACUCCUCUCCCUGGGCCUCGUAGUCGCUUUGGCUUCCGGGCACCAGCAGUGGCAGCUUCUACAUCUCGUGGGUCGUCUGUGGCCAUUCCAGCAACCAACCUCAACAGCACCAGACCUGGAACCCACCUCAACAGCAGUAUACAUACUGGGAACAACCUGAACAGCGCCAAAUCUAUUGGAACCAACCUGAAUUGCACCAGGCCUACUGAAACCAAUCUAAACAGCACCAAAUCUACUGGAACCAACCUGAAUAGCAGCACACCUACUGAAACCAAUCUGAACAGCACCAAAUCUACUGGAACCAACCUGAAAAGCACCAAAUCUACUGUAACCAACCUGAACAGCACCAAAUCUACUGGAACCAACCUGAACAGCACCAAAUCUACUGUAACCGACCUGAAAAGCACCAAAUCUACUGUAACCAACCUGAACAGCACCAAAUCUACUGGAACCAACCUAAACAGCACCAGGCCACAUAGUUAUAAUCUAAACAGCACCAGACCAACUAGCACCAACCUCAACAACACCAAAGCAACUGCUACCAAUUUAAACAACACUAGAUCUAUUGGAACCAACGGAAAGGUGAGGCAUCUGGCAAAGCCACCCUCAUAUGCCUCGAAGUUGCUAGGACCUGGCGGCUCUAGUUCUGCUGUACCAAAACCCAGCUCAAGUAGUUCACACUUAGCGAGGCCUCCAUUGGCUACCACAAAACCAGGUCUGUCCAAGCUCGCCAAGUCCAGUUUGCGUGGGCCUCAGCUGCCAGGCAAAGCAGAGGUGGGCGGAGUGGAUGAGUCAAGCUUGCUCUUGUCCAAGGCUGCUUUGUCCCAAUCGAUCGUGGCCACAACCUCUGGAAAGGAUUCUGGGAAACCUAGUGAGAUUGGGUCGAGUCAAAUGCAGCCAAGUAUGUGUAUAACCAAGCCGGUGAGCAUUAAGAUGCAUCAGGAGAGAACCGAGUUAUCCCAGAUGCCAAAGACUGAGCGGGUUGAGGCCAGCAACUCUGCUCAGGCUGGGCGCGAUGCUGUGGGGCCCAGAAGACUGGCUUCUCUUAGGGCCACAGGGCCUGGGCAUCCGCGGCCAAAACUUCACCCUGUAGGGCUCAGAACCCCAAAUAUGCGGCUCAUGGAGUCCAAGGGAGAAGGCAUGGCUACACAGGGGACACCAGGGGUCUCUGUGCGGAGGGGGCAUGGAGGGGUUAGCGCUACCCCAGAGCCUGCCCGGUUGUCGGUCAAGGUUUCUCGGCUAGCUAAGCCUUCAAGCACCAACCCCACUAAACUGGCAAGGCCAAAUCUGAAUGUUUCAGAAAAGACCAGACCCAACUAUUCUUCUGCAAGGUUGACAGGACAGAAAACACCUUUAGUUAGACUUUCUGGGCUAUAUUCAAAUGCUUUGAAACUUGAUAAGACCAACUUAAGCGUUUCUAAACUCACAAAGCCUGUUUUAAAUGUUUCUAAACUCAGUAAAUCAUCUUCAAUUGUUUCCAAGCCAACUAAGUCAAACAUGCCUCGGGUUGCACUUUCCAGACCAAAUGCAAACACUUCUAAACUUGACAGAACAAACUCAAGCAUUUCUAAACCAUCUAGGCCUGACACAAGUAUUUGUAGGUUCACCAGGUAUGGCUUGAAUGGUUCUAAAUUUGGUAAACCAGAUUCAAGCAUUUCUAAACUUACUGAACCUGCUGAGUCAAAUGGCUCAAAACAUUUGAGGCCAAAUUCAGACAUUGCUAAACCUGCCAGAUCAAACUCUAACAUGACAAGCAUUGCUAGACCAAAUCCAAAUAGUUGUAAAGUUUCUAGACCAAAUUCAAGCAUUUAUAAACAUCCAGUGGCAGACUCACGUGGAUCCAGACUUGCUCGGGCCAAUCCUCAAAUCUCUAAGCGAAAUUUAGGCAUGGGGACAGAUAGUGAAGUUGCUCUUCUUAGGGAGCAACUGUCAGGGGCGUUGCGUGCCUGCCAGGCACUUGCUGUUGUGGUGCAGUACCUACAGGUCUCUGCAUCUGCUUGAGGUUACUUCCCUUCAUCACAAUCCUCCCAUCAUGCCUGUGAGGAUAGAUUGGCGAUGGCAGUUGGGUAGAAUUGGCAUUGGGGUUGUCAUCUGUCUGGCCCUCAAAACGAGUGCUUGGAAUCUUAUACCACUUUUCCACUGUAUAACAGAACCAUGCCAGGGCCAUGCUAAGCUUAUCUGGCAUGGCUGGCAAGGAACUCUUGGGCCUCCUGAGCCUAAAGGUUGUUUUCCCACUGCAGAACCUAAACAGUGCUGCUUAUGUCACAUCCAAAAUUAUACAAUAAUACCAUCAGUAUACAGUUUAUAGUCUUUAGUAAUAUGGCAAUUAAGAUUAAACCAUAUUUCAACUUUUCUUCGAUUGAAAACUGCAAUAAAUCAAUCCAAUUAUCGAAAAUACACGUUUGCAGAUGAUGUGCAUAACCCAACACUGGGAAUCGUUUUUACGAACAAAUGAUACCAGAUAUCAAUUCACAAUAAAGUAAAGUAUUGUACAGGGCCAUUCUAUUGCCGGGAGUGGAAUCGAUUCAGACGAGUUUUUAAGGAAUUGACGAUGGAGCAGUUCAUGGCAAUGCAGUGUGGUGAUAAUCGAUAGCUAUGGAGAGAAACACGAGGAUAAUAUAUUUGUAUGUCGUGGCCCGACUAACGCAAUGUAUGGCAAAAAAAUUACUGUUUCACACGUUUAGCCAUAUAUGCUGCUUUUAAAAUGGGUGACUGAUUAAUUUAGUCUUGUUCUGUCUUUGCAAAAUGUGCAUCACAUUUUUGGCAGUGUGUAGAAUUUCUGUCAUCGUUUGAUUCUCGAUGUGCCUUAUGUUUCACAAACAGUAAUUGUGCAGUUUUUCCACAUGCUUCAAGCUAUUUUUUUUGUUGCUUGAUUCUGCUGGGAAAAUAACUAUAUGUAUGGUUUAAAAUAUGUGCACACACUUUUAGUAUAUGUGCAAUACUGUUUAUAUGGUUUAUAAAAUGAAGAAAACACUUCCCAAUAUAUUAUUCUUGCCACAUAUACCGUGACACAAGCUGAGAACCCAGAUGUAAUGACCUUCAAAGGACACCACUGCACCACUUGUGAUAAACCGUUAAUCUCCGCGUGGGCUUGAGUCUUGCUAUGCUUGCCACGAGUGUUACUUACGUUUUUAUAAUAACUACCCUUAAGGUUUUAACACUAGCACAGGACAUCCACGACCGGAGCUGCUCAAAUAUAUGGCAUGACAUUACCUCAUAUCCUGUGUCUGUGUGGUGAUUGAAUGCUCGAGUAUACUAAGCUUGUAAUAGUAUAUGGAUCCAUCGGUGAGUUAGGCUCAAUAUAAAUGCGAGAAUUGAAAAAAUAAUAUAAAUGCAAAUGUGCUAAUGUAGCAUUUGAGGCUAGCAGAGCACACAACUAUGAGAGAGCGUGACUUUACCGAACCAAAGAGUAUAAAGACAAAUUAUGUUUAAUUGCAACCCCAAAUCAUGGCAGUGUUGGCACACGUUACUGCUUUGCGAUUUUGGAGACCAGGAGUUUCAUUCCAAGCCAUGGUUCACAUCAAUGGAAAAUUGUGUGUAAACCUGAACUGUCUCAUAGGUCAGCUCACCCUAAAGCAAACACCUGGCACAUGUGAACACCAGCACUGGUAUACCCUAAUUAGUAGCCACAACCCCCGUGUGUUGUGUACAGACCUUCAUAAGCGCUCUCUAAUAGCCC